UCGGCGUUGUUUCAGCGUGAGGAACGCUUUACUGUAGUGUGAAUGAUCAAUCAAAAGGUGUCAAGAACCAAAUAGUACGAACGUCAAAACACGCAUUCAAAACGAAAUGGCAAACCAAAAAACAGUUUCAAAGACUGAAAAUGAACUAUCUAGCUCACCAGAAGGAGAAAUCGGAGGCGUAAUUGUAGAACACCUGAGCAAGAGAAUUCGAAACUUCUCCAAGAAGAAGCAAAAAAUAAUAAAACUUGAGGAGCAGGCUUCCAAAGAUCCGGAAUCUUUGAACAGCGACCAAAAAAAUGCUAUCCGUAGUAAGGACGCUGUAUUGACAACUUUGCAUGAGCUAGAAGAACUUUUGGGUCAGAUAAACUCUUCUCGUUCUCGUGAUGAGAAGAAGAAGCGUUACGAAGCCUCUGUGCAAAGAGAAAAAGAGCAAAAACAACUAGAGGCCAAGUACCAAGAAGGCUACAAGAGUGCCGAAAAGCAAGUAUCUGUUCUUGUCCGAUUCCUUCGUUUCGCCAGCUAUAAUUGCGUUAAUCCUUCCGAGGAUCAAGCAUUUAAUACGGCUGUUGAAAAGUUACUUAUUAACGUUUAUGAAGGUUCAGAAAAGUCGGUGAAAGCUGUUGCUAGUCUGAACUCGUCAUCAGAGGAGCAUAUCGAUGAAACCGAAGUCUCUUACAAGCUAAUUUCUGAAAAAAGCGACGAAUUUUUUAACACUCCUGCUGUUCAAAAACACGAUGAAAAUGAUGAAACUGAAGAGCAGGCUACCUCCAAGUCUAACAAUGUUGUCAACAAUGAAGGUGAAGAAACCUCAGCUUCGUUGGACGAACACGCCCAUCAAACCACCCGACCUUUGAACCGUGGAAUUCAAUUUUUGAAUGAAAGUGAAAUUGAAGGACAACAUUUCCAAGAACCUGCAACGUCUAAUGAAACUUCUGUCCCUGCUGAUGGAGAAGUCCAUGUGCCUGUUGAAAAUGUUGAAACCAGUAAUGGUGUUGCUGAUCCCUCUACUAUUUAUCCUACUAAUUUCCAAGCUUUUGAGCAACAACAAAUGCAGCAAGCCAUGGACUCCAUGUCACCUGACUGGUACCAACCUGCUAACGAGAAUCCCCAAGAACCAUUUAACCGUGGAUACCAAAAGCGCUCUUUCAAUAACCGUCCUCCCUAUGGCAAUAACCAACGUGGCCGUGGUCGUGGCUUUUACCGUGGUGGUGGUCGCGGCCGUGGAGGUUCAUUUAACCGUUUCCGACGAAACCAAUAUCCACAAUACGCAAACGAUUCCAACUCUCGUUCUAACGCCGCACCUGUAGCAUAAGAUGAUGUUCCGCAUGUAAAUAUGUGUAUGCCUUUGUUUACGUCUAUAAGCUGGAAUGGAUUUUUUCUUUUUUUUUUAUUCUUUUUAGCGUAAUAUGAGAAAAGGUAAUCUUUCAAUAAAAUUUUUUCUCGCUCCAUGAUUUACAUGACCUUGAUGCUAAUAAAGAAGCAUAUAGC